AGAGGUCGCUUAAAUUGGACAUAGUAUCUUUUUGUUAUUCCGUUUUGAGCCGUGCUUACUUAAUUUGCAUACAGAAAGGUGUCCUAGCUAUUCUUGCCGAGUCCUAAGUGAACCUGCAGAGGGAAGUGAUGGCAGGACUAUUAGUACGAAUGAUUUAUAUUCUAGAAUGGAGCUAGGGCAAUGGAAAUUACUGUGCAUAAGAUUAAAAUAGUGUAUCAAACUGCCCAAGCACCUACGUUAAGACACCUGAUUAAAUAGUAAAAGCAGUGAAGUGAAGCCUGUCAUCUGUAGGGGUGCUCCUAGCCAUAAGUUCGAGUUAAGCAUAACAAGCAUUGUGUAACUCCCCAGUACAAUUGUGAAGAGGCAGUAUCCCACUUUCCAGAAAAAGCAUGCUUUAAAUUGCAUGCAUAAAUGAGUUAGUUAAGCUAAAUGCAUUUAUUUUAUUACUGUCUAACUUGUUUAAAAUUUAUUAGUGUCUGUGCAACUAGCUAUCUGUGUUCAGCUCUGCCACCUGGAAUCUCUGAAAUAUAUCCUCCUUCCUUUAUAAUAAAUAAAUAAAUAAAAACUCCCCCAAGAGCUGACUCUGUCUUUCUGACAUUUUAAUUGGACAAUCCCCUUCCAUGUUUAUCUCCCUGGAUUUCCCUGCUGGUUUGCAGUUGACUCAGCUGUCCCUGUCACUUUUUUUCUGUCUGAUGUGUCAUUGUGGGCAGCCCUUCUUGCCCCAACAUGUCAGGGCAGGACCUAAGAUGACUAAAAAUGAGUUCUGUAGGCACGUUACCCUCAUUGAGGAAGCUGGCUGCCUGGCACACAUAUACGCAUCUCUGUCAAGGUUCUCUGUUUCACUGCCAAAAAUGACCACAGCUACCGCCUCAACACAGUACCCAUCAUCAGACCUGACAUGCAGGCUUUUACCUGGGGAUAUGAGCCAGGUUCAACCCAAGAGCCCCCUGCUGCAGAUCCUCUGUGAGGCCGGUGCUCAAGGAGAUACCUUCACCUUAAAGGAGGUCAUGCAUUACCUGGGACAGUACAUCAUGCUGAAGCAGCUGUAUGACAAGCAGAGGCAGCACAUGGUGCACUGUGAGGAGGACCCACUUGGAGAACUGCUGGAAGUCAAGAGCUUCUCCGUCAAAAACCCCAGCCCAAUCUAUAAGAUGCUGAGAAAUAAUCUGAUUGUUUUAAAUUGUACAGAUGCAGGUGCUGCAAAGACUCUUUCUGUCGCCAAGGAUUCAAAUCAUGAAGCAACAAAAGAAGAGCCCGGUCAGAGAGGCACUGGGCAGUGUGAGGAGACCCCAGGAUUAGAGGCAGCAAGCAGAUCCCACAAACCACCUACCGUGCAUCGCAGACACAGGGAGCCUGACCAAGACUCUGAAGACGGCCAGCCUUGUAAACGGAAAAAGCUGAACGUUCUGUUGGAGGACUGGGACUUGUCUGGUCUGCCCUGGUGGUUCCUUGGGAACCUGCGCAGUAACUAUAGCCACAAGGGCAAUGGCUCCACAGAUAUUCACUCAAACCAGGAUGAAGACACUGCCAUUGUGUCGGACACCACAGAUGACCUGUGGUUCCUGAAUGAGGGAGAGAGCGAGCGAGUCAGCAUCGAGAUGAAGGAAGCAGCCCUCGAGCCAGACAGGGGCAGCGAGAGAGAGGAGGGGGGAGAGAAAGAGAUGCUGGAAUGCUCUCUCUUUGAGAAGGAACCUGAAGAAGACUCUCAGUGUCAGAGUGAUGACACUGACACUGAGGUCUCCAUACAGGAUGCCUGGCAGUGUACGGAGUGCCGCAAGUACAACUCCCCGCUGCAGCGUUACUGCAUCCGCUGCUGGGCCCUUCGCAAAGACUGGUACAAGGACUGCCAACGACUGGUACACGCCAUCUCUCUACCGGACAUCGCUGCUAGUGCGGUGGGGCAAGAGGCUGAACAAGAUGAUGGGAUUGAUAUCCCUGACUGCCGCAGAACCGUGUCUGACCCAAUCAUCCUACCCUCUCACCUCUCCGACAGACCAGGGUCCCCCAGAAAAGCCCUAACCCUAACGGCAGCUGCCCUCACCCCUUCAGGUGUCUCUGAGGGGCUCGAGAGCUCCCAGGGGGACAGUCUGGAUCUGCUGGAUUUAGGGCAGGGGGUGAACGUGAGGUCGGAAGCUAUCCUGGAGCCCUGCAGCCUGUGUCAUGUUCGCCCCCGCAAUGGAAACAUCAUCCACGGGCGGACAGCCCACCUGAUCACCUGCUUCUCCUGCGCCAGGAAGUUGCACAAAUUCCGCUCUCCAUGCCCAGGCUGCGGCCUGAUCAUCCAGAGAGUCAUCAAAAUCUUUGUCGCUUAGCUUUGAACGAAACUCCUCUGAGUCUUUUUAACACCUCUCUGUCUUUCUCUCUCGUUCUGUCUUUAAAUACACCCGCACCCCACCCUUCUGUCCCGCUGUCCUGUAUCUGUGCCUGCUUACCAGCUCUCCCUCGGUUGUCUGUGCCAUGAUUCUCUUUCCUGCUCUCUUUGGGACAACUAAAAGCAUUUUUUUUUUUUUAUAAGAAACUAAAUAUUUAUUUUCAAAUCUACAAGGCUUUCCAGUGCAUGUAAAAUGGCACACAGCUGCUGAGAUUUCAGAUCAAAUUGUAGCAAAAACCUGAACAGCUUGUGGGCCCGCAGGCACAAGGAUUGGCAAAGCUUCACCACUGCCAAUGUUCUGUGUCAAGUAAUGCUUGCAUUUCUGUGCCCCUUCAUAUUGAUGGAACCCUAGCCCUGUUGGAAGACAGAGGGUACCCUUGGUAUGUGGCAUUCCCCGACACACCCAUACACACUGCCCCUCUCCUCCCUUUGCUGCUGCACCUCAUAUCGGAGGACACCUUUUCUUGGCUGGUAGGGGAUAGGUCAAUUUAAGCCACAUACUGAUAAUUGGGGGGGGGGGAUUGACUUUUGAACUCUAUAUUCCUAGUUAGUAUUUUACUUGAGAGCCAAAAUGUAUUCCAGAUCAGGACUCCCUGAGGGUGAAAGCAGAGGGACUUAGAAUCUCACAUUCUCAACAAAACUAGAAGACAAGAUAUUUUCAGUUAAGAGCCUUUUGUAUCCUGAAGCUGCAUGCCAUCAGUUAGCUAUAGGCUCAUUUUAUACUGCCUAAAAAAACAACUGUUCAUUGUACGCUUGCUGCAGUUCAAACGAGUUUGUGCGGGUCUCAGUAAAGGAAGGGUUUCGCUGUACAGAAAGUUGUCAGCAGCUACCCCACCCCUUCUUUAAUGUAUUUUGCCUUACAGAGCACAGGAUUCUAAUUUCAAAGCAGCAAGUUGCUAAUUAAAUGAAGGACAUGGUUCUUUUUGAGGUACUUGGUAGAGUAACCCAGGCAGUGGAAACAUCUGCCCUUGUCCUCAACAUUGACAGCUGCUUUUUUUUUUUUUUUUUUUUAAAUAUAGUUGUGUAUUAUAACGAAUAAUCUUAUUAUUAAUCAAAGGCUGGCUGUCUGGUGUAUUUUUGUACAGAAGGUUUUAAUUUAUAGUAAAAUCUUAUUUGUCCAAUGUAAUUAACCACGCUGAACUACUAUGUAAAGUAUAUGUGAAGAGUUUAUUUUUCUGCGUUAUAAUAACUGCUGUUGUAAUUUAUUGGUUAUCACAGUUUAUUUAUUGUGGGCUUUAACCCCAGCAGUUUUAAAAGCUUAGUCAGAAGGGUUUUGUUUUUUUUUCUCACUGCCAGACAGAAUAGACUAAUGUGUUCUAUGCGUUCAUUUGAAGCAGCUGUUCAUUAUCUAUUUUUCGUGUCCAAAAAAACAAACCCAGUAAUCAUUCUAUUUGUAGAAGCUGCCAAUUAUAAAAAUGCAAAAUACCAAAGCAGAUUUGUAGGUGCAGUACAGGUCAGUAAAUUUAAAGCAUGAACUUUCUUAACUCUUCACACCUUUCCGUUGAUGAAAAGGAUUUGUUCAUUCCAGGCACGUGGCACAAUUUCCUCAGUGUAAUUAAAAGGGUGUUAAUGGCACUGGUCAUGUUAAUUUGAGUGUGGGGCUUUAAUACUUAAUUUUACUGCCGUCUCUUAUAAGGGGUAGAAUUGUUGAUUUGUUUGUGUGUGUUUUGUUUCUCUUGAAAGCACUUGAAUUUUAACAUUUGAUUUGAUUUUUUUUUUUUUUUUUUUUUUUUGUUGAAGUAGAAAUGUUUGAGCAGCUCUGUAGUUACCUGUCAUUAAGUACUUUUCAGUGCAAAGAGAAACUUGUGAAGAGGCCAAGACAGCACUGUUCACUGUGUGCAUAAUAUAAAAAGCAGACUUGAAACCGAACCUAAAACUGGAACCACCGUAACCCCUUUUACUUUUAAAACUCUGUGAUGCCUGCCAGUGGUGAGUGCUGCACGUGUGCCUAACACCCCGUUGUUAAUAGUUACAGGAUGGGUUUCUACAAGGGGACUUUGAAGACUGAUCAUUUAUUGUUUCUUGUUUCUGUAAAGAGAACUUAGUUCAGCAUUAAGAGGUUUAAGUUUUGUGGGUACAAGGAAUAUGGCAAUGCUAGAAUCUGGCUUUGCUGUCAGCUACCCUGUCACAGCUGUGAAACUGGGGGGUUGUUGUGGUAGUAUUUGAGCCCAUGACCCCCCCCCACACUGCAGUCUGACUUUGUUUUCGUAAGAACCUUCACUGCCAUUUGUUAGAGAAAUUGUUUACAUGUAAAAUGAUUUUUUUUUUUUUUGUCUCGCAAGUGUUGGACUGAAUCUUCACAUUAAAUAAACAAGAACGUGUUCAA